AUGAAGAGCAAGCACAGCGCUGGCUCCACCGUCUCCAGCAUCCGCAGCCUGUCGUCGCGCGACGGCCAGCUGAGCAUUGAGAGCGUUUCGUCGCCCUCGUCGCAGCCGCAGUCGUCGAGCGCGCCCCUUGACAAUGGCGCGCCCGCCAACCCCAACCGCAUGCGCGACAACUUCAAGAUCACCGUCAUGGGCUCCAAGGGUGUCGGCAAGUCGGAGCUCGUCAGGAAGUAUGCCUACGGACAUACGCACUUCCGUUUCAGUCCGGGCGACCGCAUCAGCGGCUCCAAGCUCGUCAAGCUCAGCAAUGGCGACGAUUACAUGCUGUCCGUCAACGACACCUUCUCCGUCCACAUGGACACGCCCAUUGCCGCCCACCAGAUCGGCCAGGCCGAUGGCGUCAUGCUGGUCUUCGCACCCACCUCGCGCGAGAGCAUCGACACCGUCAUCAACGUCUUCAACUUCAUCGCCGCCCAGUUCCGCGACGCCAAGGGCCGCAAGACGCUCCCCGUCGUCUUUGUCGCCAACAAGAUCGACCUGGAGCUGCCCGACGAACAAUUCGCUAACCUGCAGCGCGGCGCCAAUUUCGCCAAAGAGCGCGGCAUUCCGUACUUCGAGACGUCGGCACUGACCGAGAAGGGCAUUGACGAUGCGUUCAGGGGCGUUGCCGAACGCAUCGUCGCUGCGAAAAAGGAGAAGCAGAAGGAGCCGGACGAUCUGUUCACCAAGUUGAAGCGCAAACUGCAGGGCAAGUGA